ACUGGACGCGUCAAGCAGUGGCGAGUCUCUGAAAUCGCACGAGUACGUAUGACAGGAGUCACACGUGCUUGUGAACGCGUAAGUAGUGUGCUCCGGCUCCAAGAAAAUUCUCGUUCAGUGCGAGUUCAGUGAAAAGGGACACGUUUCCAUCGUGCGAUCGUGGAAACGGGCUGAGAAGGCACCGGCUUUCAUCCCACGUUGCCCCGAGAUGCCGUUGGACAUGUUUUUGAAAAGCUUCGAUUGUUAGAGUCGUCAAAUACAUCUCGCGGGCAGAUGUGAAACAGUUCGAGAGGCGUGAAUAUUCAUGGCGUGAGGUUAUGGGGGAAUCGGAUACCUUACAGAAACCCUGUUCUACUCGAAAGGACCCUUAAACGGGACUGGGAGGAAAGGAAGCUCCUGCCCGAGGCUGUAAUCGUUAGAUCGGUGAAAUCGUCGGAUCCUUUGAUCGUCUGCGGAGCAGUUCUUUCGAUCGACAAACUACACCCGGACAGAUCGAACUUGGGAAUAGCGACGAAAGGAUAGAGGGAUAUAGUUUGAGUAGAACAGAGGAAGCGACCAAGGAAAGCGAAAAAAUGGCUCACGAAAACGGUAUCAGCGGAGACAUCGAUCCCGAGACGGUGGAACUGAAUCCCCUGAGGAGAACGAGGUUCCACGUGAAUCGUGUCGAUAGUCUCGAAAGUCGUGCGAGUCUUCUUGGCGAACAAGAGACGAAGAAGUCUCUCAGGCAUAUGACCAGGGAGGCGCUGCCCAGGCUGGACAAUUACAGGAACAUCAUGAGCAUCCAGGCUGCUCACAGGCCAUCCUUGGACGAGCUUCACAAUCCCACUCUGCUUAACAAGAGCUCAGGCUCGCACACGUUGCCCAUAGCACAACACGUGAAGCCGCCGACGUCAGGAUUCAAAUUCGGAUGGAUACAGGGUGUACUGCUGAGAUGUCUUCUCAAUAUUUGGGGGGUGAUGCUGUUUCUGCGGCUCUCGUGGGUCGUUGCGCAGGCGGGUAUAGGGCAAGCUAUUUUAUUGAUUUUCACAACGACAGCAGUGACUACAAUAACAUCGCUGUCGAUGUCGGCGAUUAGCACAAACGGACUCAUCAAAGGAGGUGGCACGUAUUACAUGAUUUCCAGAUCGCUGGGACCAGAAUUCGGAGGAGCCAUAGGGCUAAUAUUCUCGCUGGCGAACGCGGUCGCUUGCUCCAUGUACGUAGUAGGCUUUUGCGAAAGCAUGGUCGAUUGUCUGAAAGCGAACGGGAUCUGCAUCGUCGAUUGCGAUAACACGGAUAUCAGAAUCAUAGGUUGCGUCACGAUAGUUCUGCUUCUGGUGAUCGUGAUGAUCGGUUUGGAGUGGGAGGCAAAAGCUCAGAUUGGUUUGCUCGUUAUACUCCUGGUAGCUAUUGUCGAUUUCAUGAUCGGCACUUUUAUUGGCCCCAAAGACGACCAGGAAAGAGCGAAAGGAUUUAUAGGAUACAAUGCCGAUCUAUUCACGGAGAACUUUUAUCCGGACUAUAGAUACUUCGAAGGGGUGGAGCAUAGUUUCUUUUCAGUCUUGGCUAUCUUUUUCCCAGCGGCAACAGGUAUCCUGGCAGGUGCGAAUAUAUCCGGUGAUUUGAAGGAUCCGCAAACAGCUAUCCCCAAGGGAACGUUACUGGCGAUUCUCUUGACGACAAUUUCUUAUUUUCUUAUGGCACUUAUGGUAGGGGGAUCGGUUAUGCGAGACGCCUCGGGCGACGUUAACGAUUUGUCGAACGUUUUCAAUAGUUCGUACACUACCAUAUCUCCAUUCAACGCAAGUAACGAGACCACAGAAAGUAGCACGAUUGCCAUUGUAAAUACGAGCGAAAUUGUUUGGAGCAUGUACGGUACGAAAUUUAAUUGUACUGGCAGUUGUCCUUAUGGUAGCCACAACAGUUUUCAGGUGAUCGAACUGGUUUCUGUGUUUGGCCCAAUUAUUUAUGCCGGCUGCUUUGCAGCCACACUGUCAAGUGCUUUGGCGUCGUUGGUAUCGGCGCCUAAAGUGUUUCAAGCACUCUGUCUCGAUAAACUAUACCCUGGGAUAGCAUGGUUCAGCGGUGAAAAAGACAAAGAACCGAUUCGUGGCUACAUCCUUACGUUCGUUAUCGCCGUUGGUUUUAUUUUAAUCGGGGAAUUAAACGCCAUAGCACCUUUGAUCUCGAAUUUCUUUUUGGCUGCCUACACUCUCAUUAACUUCAGCACCUUUCAUGCCUCGCUGGCCAAACCGAUCGGUUGGCGACCAACGUUUAAGUAUUAUAAUAUGUGGCUGAGCCUCGCUGGUGCUAUUCUCUGUAUCUCUGUGAUGUUUCUGAUCUCAUGGUGGACAGCUUUAAUCACUUUAUGCGUAGUUUUAGCACUUUACCUAGUAGUCUCGUAUAGGAAACCAGAUGUAAAUUGGGGUUCGACUACACAGGCCCAAACAUACACUAACGCUUUAACCGCUGUCCAACAAUUAGACAGAGUCGAAGAACACGUUAAAAAUUACAGGCCCCAGCUCUUGGUGCUCACUGGUAGCCCAAGCACGAGGUCGUCGCUCGUCGAUUUUGCGCAUCACAUUACCAAGAAUAAUAGCUUAUUUAUUUGUGGUCAUAUUAUCGAGACGCCGAUAUCGUAUAAAACGCGCAAUUCCAUGGUCAUAAAUUGCACCUCUUGGUUCAGAGCAAAUAAAAUUAAAGCAUUUUAUUCUUUGGUGGAUGGGGCGAGUUUUCAGGAUGGUGCUACUUCCCUUUUGCAAGCUGCAGGUUUGGGAAAAAUGAAGCCCAAUAUUUUGUUAAUGGGCUACAAGCAAGAUUGGAUAACGUGUCCACGGAAAAAUUUGAAUAUGUACUUUAACGUGAUGCAUAAAGCCUUGGAUAUGCACAUAGCAGUAGCGCUCCUACGAAUAAGCGAAGGUUUAGAUUACAGUGCGGUUAUAGGAGACAUUGAAGAGCAAAAAAAAAGUAUGCCGAUCUCGCUGCCAGGAAAUCAAAGUUUCUCUCAGCUUAGUCAAGCUAGCAGCACAUCGGACAUUUCGAUUCCUGGCAGCCCGGCACCAAGACGUUCCAAGAUGAUCAACGAGUACCCUAAUCCAACAGCGGAGGAUCAACGCGAGAAUCGACAAAAUAUCAUACCGAUAGCGAACGAUAUACUUAACGCUGUAACAAAAUUUCAACGUAAACAGAAAAGAGGCACGAUCGACGUAUGGUGGUUAUACGAUGAUGGCGGUUUAACGCUUUUGUUGCCAUACAUUAUCAGUAUAAGGCGCAAUUGGUCGAAUAGUAAAUUGAGAGUUUUCGCGCUCGCAAAUAAACACUCUGAACUAGAAUACGAACAAAGAAAUAUGGCAAGUCUAUUAUCGAAAUUCCGGAUCGAUUACUCUGAUUUGAAAGUUAUAUCGGACAUUUCGAAACCGGCACAAGAGAACACGAAAAGUUUCUUCGAUUUGUUAAUAACAAAUUUUCAACAAACAGAUGACCCUAAAGCGACAGACGAGGAUGUCAUUAAAGAUUCCGAACUGCUUGCUAUGAAAGAGAAAACAAAUAGGCAUUUACGUUUACGAGAAUUGUUACUUGAAAAUUCGAUGGAAGCUAAUUUAGUUGUUAUGACACUACCAAUGCCUCGAAAGGGGGCUGUAUCAGCAGCACUGUACAUGGCUUGGCUAGAGACUCUAACACGCGAUAUGCCGCCAUUUUUACUCGUACGAGGGAACCACACUUCCGUUUUAACUUUUUACUCUUAAUGACGCAAAAGAAGGUAAUAAUAAGGAGACUUGUAUAUAAUGAAACCGAUGAUUAUCGAAAUUAGUUAAAGUGUUCUAUCAAUAAUGACUUAAACACUAUAGAUGCAUUAAGAAACGACUCAAUAAAAAUAGAAAAAAUUAAGUUGGUGAUAUACAACAAUAAACACGUGCCUUUAUAUAUAUAAAAAGCACACGUUUGAAUGAUUAUUCAAGAGCGUGUGUUUACCAAGGACCAAUUCCCGAAUAUAUUUGAAAAACAAUAAAAGUCCAAGGAUGUGUGUUUUUUUUUAAACACACGUUUGCUACAACAAUUGUUCCUAAAUUUCGAAAUAACGUUUUCCAUCCACCAAAUAUAAAAAGUAAUUAUAUCUUCUUAAAUACUUAAAAUAAACG